UUUGUAAUUUUAUGUUGUGUACUCAUUGGAAAAAUAGAGAUUUUUAAACCAGCUUUUUACAUUUUUAUUAUAGAAGGAGAAGUGUAUACCUGGGGUCAUAACGCUUAUAGUCAGUUGGGCAAUGGUACAACAAAUCAUGGUUUCAUUCCCUGUCAAGUCUCUACUAACUUGGUGAACAAGAAAGUCAUUGAAGUUGCCUGUGGCUCUCAUCAUUCUAUGGUGUUAACAUCUGACGGAGAGGUAUACACGUGGGGUUAUAAUAACUCAGGCCAAGUUGGAUCUGGCUCAACAGCUAAUCAACCAAUUCCUCGAAGAGUUACCAGCUGCCUACAAAAUAAAAUAGUAGUUAAUAUAGCUUGUGGACAGAUGUGCUCUAUGGCUGUGGUGGAAAAUGGAGAAGUCUAUGUCUGGGGUUACAAUGGUAAUGGCCAGCUUGGACUGGGCAGCAGCGGCAAUCAGCCAACACCGUGCCGAAUAGCAGCUUUGCAAGGCAUUCGUGUGCAGCGGGUUGCCUGCGGCUAUGCACAUACAUUGGUGCUAACAGAUGAAGGUCAGAUUUAUGCCUGGGGAGCCAAUUCAUAUGGCCAGUUAGGUACUGGGAAUAAAAGUAACCAGUCUUACCCUACAACAGUUAUUGUGGAUAAGGACAGAGUUAUAGAGAUCGCAGCCUGCCACUCUGCUCACACGUCGGCUGCCAAGACCCAGAGCGGCCAGGUGUACAUGUGGGGCCAGUGCCGUGGGCAGUCCGUGAUCCUUCCCCACCUCACUCACUUUGCCUGCACUGACGAUGUGUUUGCUUGCUUUGCUACCCCUGCUGUUAUGUGGCGUCUUCUGUCAGUAG